AUGAAGAAAAAUGAAAGGUAUAGAAAGAGAUUAAAAAUUUAGUUUAAAACGGGUUUUAUUAAUAAUUAUAAUAUAAAUGAAAAAAGCCUUGGUUCUUAUAUUGGUAAUAUUGGGUUGUAUGGCAAGUGAAUUUGAUGAUGAAUUUAGUGAACUUGAGGAAAGUUAAUUUGGAUAAACAAUUUUAUAAACGAUAUAGAUGGAAAUGUAAACAGAUGAUCCAGUUGUUUCUAAUUUGAUAGAUAUAAUGCAAAAUAUAGAAUAAACAUUAGAAGAUGAAUAAAAGAGAGAUGAUGAUAGGAUUGUUAGAUUUAAAUAAAACUGUGAUAUAGCUUUAAGUUAAUUGACAGAAAUGAUAAAUACUAGUACAGUCACAUCACUUACAUUGAAGAGUGAUUUAGACUCAUUAAAUCCUUAGAAGGUAUAAGCAGUGGCUAGUUUAGAGAGAAAAAACUUAGAAAUAGCAGAUUUGAAAGCAGAAUUAGAUUAUUAGACAUUGAAAAGAUAAAAGGAAUCAGCAACAUAUUAAACAAUAUUGGAUAAUUUAGAAUAAGCACUUUUUGGAGUGAAUUAAGUUAAGGGAUAUUUCAAUAAAUAUUUAGAUGUUUUAGUGAAGAAUAGAAAUAGAUUUUAAUAACCUUAACCUUCAUUUUUAUAAGAAGAUUUAAGUUUUGAAUAUCGUGAUGAUAAUGUAGAGGAAGAUCUAGAUACAAAGAGUAUUUCUUCAUUUGCUUAAGUGGCUUAAAAGGUUAAUAAAUUAAAACAUCAUGUAAAGAUAAUAGAUUUAUUUAUUUAGGUUCAUUUAGAAGGUUAUAAAUCUAUGAUUGAAAUAUUAAGUCAAUUGGCAAGUUAAGCUUAAACUUCAGCAGAUGAACCAAGUUAAUGUGAAGUAUUAACAAGAAAAGUUUUAUCAAUUCUUAAAUAAAUUGAGAAUUAUAUAUAAUCAGAAAGAAUUAGAGAAGAUUAGGCUGAGAAUUUAAGAUAAAGUUCUUUUGAAGAUUUAAGAACUUUAUUAUCUGAUUAAUUAGUAAAGGCUAAUUAAGAUAAAACUUAUAUGGAAGGUUAAUUUAUUAUUUAAUUUAGGAUUGAUUGAUUCUUUAUCAAAUAGAAUUUAAUAAGCUAAAAAUGAGAAAUUUGAAGUUGAUUAAAAGAUUACUAUAAAAUAAAAAGAAAAAGAAAAUAGAGACAAUGAUUGUAGAUUGAAAAGAAAAGAAUAUGAAACAGAUACUGCAAAUAGGUUUAUUUAUGAUCCUAUUUAUUUAGAAUUAAAUAAAAACGAAUUGUAGCUAUCGCUGUUGAUUUAAUUUCAUCAAAAUUAGGUUAACUUAAAAGGAAAAUGUUGGCUAAUUGA